AUGGUUAAAGGAAGAAAUACUACUACUACUAAUAAUAUUACUGAGGAUUCUAUAGAUGAUUUUGGUGGUGAUGAUCCAGGUUCUCCAUACACUUCUGGAACAGAUAGAAAACGCAGACGUGGAGUGAUUGAAAAACGUAGACGUGAUCGAAUCAAUUGUAGUUUAGCAGAUCUUAAACGUUUAGUACCAGAUUCAAAUCAUAAACCUGGUUCAGCCAAACUGGAAAAGGCUGAAAUACUUCAACUUACCGUUGAAUUUUUACAGAGACUUCAUAAAGAAGGCUAUGUACUUGGUUCAGAAGCUCGUUCAAUUGAAUUACGUCGUAUAGGAUUUAAAGAUUGUCUCUUAGAAGUAACUCGUUUAUUAUCCACAUAUGAUGGUAUCAAUAUAUCUGGUCAAGAAUUAAGUCGACAUUUAUUGAAUCAUCUUCAUCAGUGUGAAAAACAAAGAGAUUUAGAAACAAAAACUUAUUUAGCUAAUAUUGCUUCUGUAGCCAAUGCAAUGUAUUCCAAAGUUAAUUCAUCUAAUUCCACUGCUACUACCACUACCAAUAUUGUUGGCCAACAUCAUCAGUUACAAUGUCAAUCAUAUUUACAUUCUCAUCAACAAUACAACUUAAAUCAUGCUAACAGUUCAAAUUCAAUGAAGUCAAAAUAUUCUAAAAACAAUUCACGUGUAAAUGAACAGUUGGAAUUAUUAGAUAAACAAUCAACUACACUUCCAUUAACAAAUAAUUCCGUAAAUCUUUUACAAACUAAUGCAUGUCAUCAAAAUGAUGCUUAUUAUACUUCAUCAACAUUUCAAAAUAGUAGAAAUAAUUACACAUCAUAUCACUCAGUAGAUUGUAAAAUGAAUGAGGAACAAACAUCCCAUAAAUCUCCAUAUAAAUUAGAAGAUAGAUACUCGGAACAAUUACCUAAUUACUUUUUACAAACUAAUACAUUUUAUCCAAAUUAUAUGUAUAAUGAAUAUUGGAACAAGUGUUCACCAUAUACUACUUCAUCAUAUUUAUCGAAUUCCACAACGACCACUACCGUAUCUAAUGGGAAUGGAAUUAUAACAUGUGAAUCAAAUUAUUUAAAUACUAAUUACCAUACUUUCUCCAAUUUCUCAAAUACAACAUAUUCUACCGUAAAUACUAAUAAUAGUAAUAUUGGUAAUUCUCAGUUAUCUACCGGUCUUGGUCCAAAUGAAAGUCAAUCUACAUCAUCACCACCAUUUCGUUCAACACCAGAAGAAUCAGAUAUUGGUUUCAGUCCACAUUUGAAAAUUAAUUUAUCAAAUAUUGUAGGAAACGAUGAAGUUGAAGAUGAUUGUAAUUAUUACAAUCGUGAAUGUACAGGGGGAUUUAUAACAUCAACAACAACUACAACUGUCUCCUCAUCUAAUAUGACUGCUACAACAAUGAAGCCAAUCCUAACAAAAGAAUUUUACCAACAAUCUCACUAUGAUAACAAUCAUGAAUAUGCUUAUCAUCGAAAAAAUGAUGUAGGCAUGAAUUUAUCUGGUAAUUAUCAAUGUUCACCUAUUAAAUCACAUCCUUACCCUAUGAAUAACAAUGAAAUACAUUCAAGGCAUUUAUCUAACAUAUAUAAUAAUCAGUACAAUCAUUCGUUGUAUUCAAAUUCUCCCAAUAAUACAUGGAAUCAUAUUAGUAAAACAACAGAUUUAGUACAAUAUCAAGCUAAUCUUCUUCAUCAUUCACAUGCACCAACUUCUGUACUAAACAUGGAUGAACGUACAAAUUUAUCUACAAUACCGUUAUCAACAAUUUCACAUAGUUUCAGUUCUAUCACUAAUACUACUACUACUACUACCGUAUGUAGUAUGAAUAACCGAAUAGUUAGUGAAUUAAGAGAAUAAUAAUGAAUAAAACGAUUUUGUUACAAACCAGAUUAUACUUUAUUAAUUUAUGAAUAAACUUCUGUAGAAUUCAUACGCACAAAUGCCUAAAGUUAUUUAACUAGCAAGAACAGAUUUUGUACAGUACAUUUUACAUUAUUAAUUCGUACAUUAAUAAAGUGUUUUUCUUUUUCUUUUUUCUUUUUUGUAUUUCUUCA